AUGGAUAGUACAGUGAAGCUCCUUUGGAUGACACUGUUCAGUUCAUUGGCUUUGCAAGCUGUCUCAGAUGCUGACCUCAUCACCACAACUACAACUACAACUACAGCUACCACUACCACUACCACAACUAUCCCUACUACUAUAAUAGCAGAUGAGAUCUAUGUACGGCUGAGAGGUGGUGCCAACAACUGUUCUGGUCAUAUUGAGGUUUACUACUUUGGUGGCUGGACUGGUGUUUGCAGCGAACAGUUUCACGCCAUUGAUGCUGGAGUUGUUUGCAGGCAGCUUGGCUGUGGCCAGGCACUUAAUACCACAGCAGAGCUUCCUGGGAGUGUUUAUCCUUACUUGAGCAAUGUGGACUGUCAUGGUGAUGAAGAUUACUUGUGGCAAUGCUCUUUUCAAGAAGGAGGAUGUAUUGGCAACACACUUGCUGCUGUAACUUGUGCAGGUUCUGAACUACCAUCCUCAAUAGGACCAGUGCUCUCUCUUUGUGGUGGUCAUCUCUAUGAUCCAUCUGGACUUUUCGUUAGUCCAAACUAUCCUGCUGUAUACCCAAAUAAUGUACGCUGUGUUUGGGAAAUCCAUGCUGAGCGGGAUUUCUACAUAAAUCUCAUCUUUGACUAUCUUGACCUGGAGCCACUUAACUUCUGCUCUUAUGAUUAUGUUGAAAUCUAUGAUGGGCCACCCUAUGUAGCUCCUUUACUAGGAAGAAUUUGCAUUUGGGGCCACCAAACAUUUAUUUCUAAGUCAAACACAAUGUCAGUUGUGUUUACAAGUGACACUAGUUACCAAAGCACUGGAUUUCGAGCUCGUUAUUUUUCUAUCCCUCAAGACGUGUCCUUAAGACUGAUGAAUGGAUCGAACACAUGUGAGGGCCGUGUUGAACUUUAUUACAAAGGAGAAUGGGGAACGGUUUGUGGUGAUUACUGGGACAUGGCCGAUGCCCAGGUUGUGUGCAGGCAGCUUGGAUGUGGAGAAGCCUUUUCAGCUCCAAGACAUGCCCAUUUUGGUCAAGGCUCAGGAUCUAUCCUCCUUGAUGAUGUGAUCUGUAGAGGAAACGAGUCUCACCUGUGGGACUGCAGGAGCCUAGGGUGGCAUUCUCAUAACUGUGCCCACAGUGAAGAUGCCAGUGUCAUCUGUACAGGUAUUUUGGGAAAUAGUAGAGUUCCUUCUUCUUCUUCACCUGCAGAAUCUCAUGCUUGUGGUGGUGAACUUCUAUGGCCAACAGGAUCAUUCAGUUCUCCUUUCUAUCCUCAACAUUAUCCAGACAAUGCCAAUUGCAUAUGGACAAUAAGAACUUGGAGUGGUUUCCAAAUCAAUCUCACAUUUUCAAAUAUUGAUACAGAAUGUUCAUUUGAUUAUGUUGAAAUAUAUGAUGGGUACUACAAUUCGCGCCUCCUUGGCAGCUUUUGCUCUGGAUCCUUCCGAACAUUUCUUUCCACAUCCAAUGUCCUCACUGUGCGGUUUCACAGUGAUUUCUCGGGAACAAGUGGGGGGUUUCAAGCCUUCUACUCUACAUUUCGGGGCUCAUUUGGUCUCCGAUUGGUGAAUGGGCUGAAUGGCUGUGAGGGCCGUGUUGAAAUUGAACACAUCAAUUCAACAUGGGGGACAGUUUGUGAUGAUUCAUGGGACUUAAAUGAUGCAGAUGUGGUAUGCAGGCAGCUUGGAUGUGGAGAAGCCAUCAGAGCUCCAGGAUCAGCAUAUUUUGGUCAAGGCUCUGGUCCCAUUCUCCUUGAUGAUGUUAGAUGUAGUGGUAAUGAACCGUACCUUUGGAUAUGCCCUAGUAAUGGCUGGGGAGUCCAUAACUGUGGCCACCAUGAAGACGCCAGUGUCAUUUGUUCAGGUGCACUCACUACAACUAGAGUGCCUCCUCGUCCACCAUUUACAGAUACAGUCAGAACCACAGCUAAUUACGCUUGUGGCGGUGAACUUCUGUACUCAUCAGGAUCAUUCAGUUCUCCCUCGUAUCCUGGAAGUUAUCCAAAUGGUGCAAACUGUAUCUGGACAAUAAGAACCUGGAGUGGCUACCGAAUCCGGCUCACAUUUUCAACUAUUCAAACUGAAUGUGGAUAUGAUUAUGUGGAGAUCUAUGAUGGUUACCUCUACUCACAGCUCCUGGGAAGAAACUGUUCAGGUUCCUCAGUAACAUUUAUUUCUACAUCAAAUGUGCUCACAGUGCGGUUUCACAGUGACGCUUCAGUGACGCGCACAGGUUUUGAUGCCUUUUAUUCUUCAUUUUCUGGCACUCUUGAUCUUCAGUUAGUGAAUGGACGUCAUCGCUGUGAAGGCCGUGUUGAAGUUUAUAUUAACUCCACAUGGGGAACAGUUUGUGAUGAUUUCUGGGACAUUAAUGAUGCAGACGUUGUAUGCAGACAGCUUGGAUGUGGACAGCCUGUCUCAGCACCAGGAUCAGCCUAUUUUGGUCAAGGUUUUGGUCCUAUUCACUUGGAUGACGUUAGGUGCAAUGGGAGUGAAUCCAGUCUUUGGGAAUGCCCUAGCUGGAGCUGGGGAUCACACAACUGUAAUCAUGGUGAAGAUGCUGCUGUCAUCUGUACAGGUAGACCUGAGAAUACCACAGUGCUACCUCUUCCAUCCACUGCAACACCAACAGCUAAUUAUAAUUGUGGCAGUGAUCUUCCAUACUCAUCAGGGUCAUUCAGCUCUCCCUCGUAUCCUGGAAGUUAUCCAAGUGGUGCAAACUGUAUCUGGACAAUAAGAACCUGGACUGGCUACCGAAUCCGUCUCACAUUUACAACUAUUGAAACAGAAUGUGGAUAUGAUUAUGUGGAAGUCCAUGAUGGGUACCUCUAUUCACCUGUUCUUGGAAGAUAUUGUUCAGGUUCCUUUGUAACAUUGAUUUCUACAUCAAAUGUCUUCACUGUGCGAUUUCACAGUGACUCUGCAAUAGCAUAUGCUGGUUUUUCUGCCUUUUACUCUUCAUUUUCUGGCACACUUGGCCUCCAGUUGGUGAAUGGACGUCAUAGGUGUGAGGGCCGUGUUGAAAUUCGUAUUAACUCAACAUGGGGGACAGUCUGUGAUGAUUCAUGGGACAUCAUUGAUGCAGGAGUUGUUUGCAGGCAGCUUGGAUGUGGAUCACCUGUCUCAGCUCCAGGAUCAGCACAUUUUGGUCAGGGAUCUGGUCUUAUUCACUUGGAUGAUGUUAGUUGCAAUGGGAAUGAAACCUAUCUUUGGGGAUGCCCUAGCAGGCACUGGGGGACCCACAACUGUGCUCAUGGUGAAGAUGCUGGUGUCAUCUGUUCAGAGAGUCCGACUACAACUCCUUCGUGGUGGCCGACAACAACAACUUUGCAAACAAACUAUUCAUGUGGUGGUUUCCUUGGACAUCAAUCUGGGACCCUUCAGAGUCCAUUUUAUCCUUCCAACUACCCCAAUAAUGCUGACUGUGUAUGGGAAAUACAAGUAGGAAGCAACUCCCGUAUAACACUUACAAUCCAAAAUUUGGCAUUAGAAAUAUGUGAUAGAUAUAGAUGCCCAUGUGAUUAUAUAGAAAUCUAUGAUGGACCACACCGUACUUCUCCACUGCUUGGGAGGAUAUGUUAUGGCUCCUUUCAUACUUUUACAUCAACUUCUAACAUGAUGGCUGUUAGAUUCCGCAGCGAUGUUGGUAUCACAGCCAGAGGAUUUUAUGCCAGCUAUUACACUAUCCCAGCAGAUCAGAAUACAAAUCUUUUGUGUUUACCAGAAUAUAUGCAAGCUGUCAUUAGUAGACAAUAUCUGAAUGCUAGAGGCUACUCUCCAUGGGAUGUCAGCUUGGCCGAUGUAUCCUGCAGACCAAAGAUCACACCAUAUUAUGUGAUAUUUAAUAUACCGUACAAUGGCUGUCAAACCAGAAGAGAUGCUGAUGCUGACACCAUUAUUUAUUCAAACCUGAUCACAGUAUCUGCUCCAGGAACCAUAAUUAAAAGGAAAAGUGAUCUUCACUUGCAGGUCAGCUGCAAGAUGCUGCAAGAAACUUGGAUAGAAACAAUGUAUAUUGCUAAUGAUGUUGUGGUGUUCAAUGAAACUCAGUAUGGUCAAUAUAGUGUCAAUAUUACAUUUUUUGACUCAUCCUUUUUAAAUCCAGUGAAUGAAACACCUUAUCGGGUGUUAUUGGGACAGAAUUUAUACUUGCAAGUGUAUCUUCAUAGCUCUGACUCAAAUCUGCAGUUAUUUUUGGACACAUGUAAAGCAUCACCCUACUACUAUGAUUUUACAACACUGACAUAUCCAAUCAUCGAGAAUGGGUGCAUUAAAGAUGAGACCUAUGCAACUUAUGGUUCACCAGAUAGAAAGAUCCUUCGGUUCUCCUUUCAAGCCUUUGAUUUCAUUCGUCACUAUCCAUCCGUUUACCUGCAGUGUAAAGUGGUGGUUUGCAGAGCCUAUGACUAUAACUCCAGAUGCUAUCAAGGUUGUGUUAAUGUGUCUAGAUCUAAGAGAGAUACUGGCUCUUAUGAAGAAAAGGUUGAUGUCAUUAUUGGACCAAUUGAACUUCAGCGGAAUGGCAUUCAGAGCAGAAAUUUUGAGACAGAACAACAGCUACAAGGAAAUUUGGAAACCCACCAUUCCCAUGCACCCUACAUAGUUGCUGCUGUUGUCUUAGCAGUUGCUGUCAUAACUCUUGGAGGAUUUAUUUUGAGAAAUAAAUGGAGAAGACCAGUUCCCUAUGAGAUAAUUUCCCAGUUCAGCAGAGGAUUUAGGCCAGGACAUGUCUACAUGGGCCAAAAACGCUGGUUUUAUGCAACCUUACUCCAAGCUAUCAAUGGCCUGAUUUUGCAGGAAAAUUCAGGGCACUCUGCAGUGACUAUGGCAGGCUGUUUACACACAUGUCCUGCUGUUCCAGCCCAUGCCACCACUGUUGGUGCAAGUUGCUCCCUACGGGAUUACUGUGAAUUCCUCAGCCAUGUGAUCAAUGCUGGGCACCUCAUUUCUGAUCUCAGAGAAAGCAAGUUGUGCCACCAAGAGUUCUACCUCUCAGGAAUCAGUGGUGUACCAAAGGUGGGGCAGCGGGAGCAGUACUCCCCAGGUGCAGGCAAUAAGGGGGUGCAUUGUCUGUUUGAUAAUGAAUCUCUCAGACUAGUCAAUGGAAGACACAGAUGUGAGGGACGGGUUGAAGUGUAUUCCGGCCGAAGGUGGAGAACUGUGUGGGACCUCAGCAACGCACAUGUUGUGUGCAGGGAACUUGGAUGUGGAGAGGCUCUCUCGGCACCUGGAAGUGCGCACUUUGAUCAGGGCUCAGGCCCGAUUUAUCUGGAUGAUGUAGUCUGCACUGGAAAUGAAUUCCAUUUGGACCAGUGCAGACACAGAACAUGGGGCCUAAGUGAUUGUUCCCACGCUGAAGAUGCUGGCGUCAUCUGCUCACUACCAAGUCCUGUAUACAUACCUUCUACAGCUGAACUGGAAAUCACAACCUCUGCUGGACCGACAGAAAUACCAGCAACAGUUGCAAAAAACACCUCCACUGCAGCUGAAGAAAGCACCACAGCUAUAGCUCCCCCUACAGAACGCAUGACUACAUCUGGUUCUCUUUGUGGAGGCAUCCUCACAGCUCCAUCUGGAUAUAUCGAUAGCCCAUACUACCCUGGAAAUAAUGUGAAGAAUACGUGCAUCUGGGAAAUUCAAACAGCAUCCUAUUCUCACAUAGUCUUAGAUAUUUACUACGUCAACAAUCUAAACUGCCAUAGUGAUUACAUCGUGAUCUAUGACGGUAGUUUUGGUGCAAAACGACUUGGAAGAGUUUGCUUUAACCCUUAUCAUGUCUACACAUCAACAUCAAACAUAAUGACAAUUGUGUUAUACAGAAAUUCCUAUCAGGCAUUACCACUAUUCUCUGCUUAUUACUAUUCCAGUUCACAAGCAAUUACUGUUCCUCCAGCAAUAAAUGAAAGAACCGGAAACAUAACAAUUUCCCCAACAGAUGUGACAACAACUAGUGCCCCACCUCACAAUGAAACUGCUGCUCCUGCUACAACUUCAGCAUCAGUUUCUUCAAGAUCACUCUCAUGUUCUGGAGAGUACAUGGUUGCACGCAUCCACAGAACCUAUCUUCAAUCAUUAGGCUAUGAUGCAUGGGAAGUAUAUCUGAAUUCCUCAGACUCACCAUGUAAACCACAGAUUUCACAAGACUAUGUGAUCUUCAAUAUACCAUUCAGUGGUUGUGGCACUGUAAGACAGGAAAGGAAUAAUGGAACCAUAAUCUACUCCAACAUCAUCAAGACAUCAGCAUCUGGUUAUAUUAUUACAAGAAAAAGAAACUUUCAGUUUCACAUCAUGUGUGAAAUGAAUGAGAACACCAUUGUAGAAACAAUGUUUGCUGCCCAAAAUUCUGUCGACAUUACUGAAAAACAUGUUGGCAGUUACAGUAUAAAUCUUGGAUUCUACCCAACAUCAUCUUUCUCCUAUGAAGUUCAUACCUCUCCAUACUAUGUUUUAAUUGAUCAAGAAUUAUACUUUGAAGCUACUCUCAACAGUUCUGAUCCAAACCUAGUACUAUUUGUAGACACAUGUGUUGCAUCUCCCUUUGCUCAUGACUUCGAAACCUUGACCUAUGACUUAAUCAGAAGUGGAUGUAUACGAGACUCCACCUAUAGAAGUCUGUAUUCACCAAGCAACAAUACAGCUCGCUUCACACUCAAGGCUUUUAAGUUUCUUAAUGAGCACAAUGAAGUUUAUUUGCAAUGCAAGCUGGUAGUAUGCAUAGAAAAUGACUACUCUUCCCGAUGCUACCAGGGAUGUUUAAACAGAAAAAAGAGGACUGUAGAUGAAGAUGAGGACAAAGUGAAUGUUGUUUUAGGACCGUUCAGGCGUCAGGGAAAAGCUAAUGAAGACAAAAGACAGGAACUGGCUGAGAGUGUGAAUCCUGGAACGAAUGAAGCUGUCAGCCCACUUACUGUUGCUACUGUACUUUUGGCAGCUAUGGUCUUGGUUUUGUCUGGUUUUCUUCUAAGCAGUAAACUGAGAAGAAAAAGUUAUCAACAAAUUUACUGAUGUCAACAUCCUGUAGAGUUUCAUUAAGCACUUUCUUUGCAGAAUUCAAAAAUACAUUUGUAAUAUCUAUUUUUGAAAGUUGUUUUUCUUCCCAGUAAGUUCUUGAAAUCUACCACAUCAACAAGUUGUAACUAUUUAUUAUGUAGGUUAAAGCUUCAAUCACAACUUAGUUAAAUUGAAGUACUGGAAUUUAAAGAAUUAUUCUGAUUUGAAAAAAACCUCCCACUAUUGGUAACAUCAUGGAUGGGGAAAUUGUGACUUCCAAGAUGUUCUUGCACUGCAGUUUCAGUCAUCUUUCAUACAAGACCAUGAUGGAUGGGGCUGAUAGGAAUUACUAUCCUAAACAUCUGAAGGGCCACUAAUUGUUUGCUCCCAAAGUUAUGUCAAACAAAUGACAUUAUAGAAUGACUGUCAUUGCUUUUAAAAUAGUUUUUGUUAAUAUUCUCUCUAUGUUGGAUUAAAGUUCUAUAUGUGAUGCAUUUGUUGUCAUCAUAAUUCUAUAUUCAAAUAUUAUAUGUGAUAAUUACAUAUAUUAGAUAUAUAUAGAGAGAGUUACUAUGUUUCACGAAGUUUUCAUAGAACUCACUUUGCAACAUAAAAAGGAGGAAGGGAUGGGGGGAGGAAUGUGGCAGCAUUUUUAACAGUAAUUGGUUUUUAUUUUAGCACUAACUUUUGUGAAUAUAAAACCACUUUUUCAGAUGCAGUACAGAAUGAUAUCCAGGCUUCAGGUCCUAUAUGAAGCAUAUUAUAUUCUCAGCCUUUUGGCUGAAGAGUGGGGUAUAAAUACUAUAAAUAAUAAAGAAAGAAAUAUUUGCACUGUUGUGACCUCUUUCUGAAUCCAUCCCAUUACACCCUAUAUGGUUUAUAUUCUGAGAUCUGGAUAUCGCUCUGUACUACACUGGAAGAAAUGGGUUUAUAUCCAUGAAAACUCAUGCUAAAAUAAAAACCGAUUGGGCUUUAAGGCACUGCUACAUUCCUUUUCCCUUUCCACUCCCUUCCUUCUUCUUACAUUUCAUGAAGGAUUGUCAAGACAUCAUCAUGAAUAUGUGGUAUCAGAAAGGUAAAUUGUAAGAGUAUGUGGCAUUAGAAAGGUUUAUUGAAAUCUUUAAAAAUAAAAAGGAGUACUUAGCAAUAUAUAGCCAAACAUAUUUCACCUAUUUUGAUUACCAAGUUUAAGUUUGGUACACUUUAAUUAGUAUACAGUUAUUUGCCAGAAAUGUAAAAACUGUGGUUUUGCCUAUAGCCAGAUUUCCCAUUCAGUUCAGUAGAAGAACUUCACUUUAAGACUCUUGAAUGUCAUUCAGAUGGCCAGGAUAAAUACUAACAUAAAAGCUAGGAUUUUUUUUUAUUGGAUACUUAACAAAGGAUCUUACAGACCAAUUCUCUAUUAUUAUGCCAUCACCCCUUUCCUUCUAAAGCAGAAUACUUACUUUAACUCCCUAGGCAUUGGCAGGAAUUUCAUAUUAUUCUUAUCUCUCAUGUUGUGAUUAUUCUUUCCGUCAAAUAAUAUUUUGUCAUCUGAAGGAAAUUCAGCAUAUAAUGCAUUCCUCUAUCAGCAUACUUUUGAUAAGGUACAUUUUGUUUGUUGAAUGCCAAGUGGCAUGGAAGUGGUUGUUGAAGGUAAAGGGAUACCAACCUAUCAUCACAGUAGUUCUGAAAGUAAUGAGAAAUAAAUGACAAGCAACUGCUUGGGGCACCAUGAACAAUAAAACCAAAUGCACUGUUUAAGAAUUUUAUGUUGUAGAUAAGAAAAUAUAUGCUGUGCCACCUAGCUAAUAUCAAGCUAUGUAAAUCUGUGUUUUGCUUCCAAUUAGUUAGCAAUAAAAUUGUUACAUCUUUGCAAGUUAA